UAAGCUUGUUUUUGAGUCCGGUCCAGUCACAAAAAUUAAUGUUUCCAUAGACAAAACGAUUAUUUGCUAUCUUCGGAGCAUUACGUGGGAAUCAAUCAAAUUAAACUCUAUUUUUUACGUGAUAAAAUUGAAAUCAGUUUUGGUGAUUUUGGUUUUGGAAGUUCAGUCAUUUACCAAAGUGGGCCGUACCCCGGGCCGUCAACUUAACACAAAUCGUCAAAUUCUACAUUCUUGUACAUAUUUCUGCUUUUCCGCCAAAGUACAGAGUCAUUCUAGAUUUGCCAAAAUGGCAGAGGGACAGGACGAACCCAAAAAAAUUACUAUUACAGUGAAAACACCGAAAGAAAAACAGCAAGUAGAGAUUGAUGAGGAUGCUGACGUUAAAAAACUCAAGGAAGUGUUGUCCCCUAAAUUCAGUGCAGAGCCGGAGCAGUUAUGUCUCAUAUUUGCCGGAAAGAUCUUGAACGAUGCCGACUCCCUGAAACAGCACAACAUCAAGGACGGGCUGACAGUCCAUCUCGUGAUAAAGACCCCUCCGAGGCCCGAGCCUGAGGGCGCUACACGACGCCCUCCAGCUGAUGUUGGUGCUACUCCAUUUGGUUUAAAUUCAUUGGGUGGAUUAGCAGGCCUAGAGAGUUUGGGUCUUGGCCAGAGCACUUUUAUGGAUUUACAGGCUCGAAUGCAACAAGAGCUCCUGUCCAACCCAGACAUGUUGAGACAAGUGCUGGACAAUCCACUGGUGCAACAGAUGAUGAAUGACCCCGAGAACAUGCGCACACUUAUCACUUCAAACCCACAGAUGCAGGAUCUUAUGGCAAGAAAUCCAGAGAUAAGUCACAUGCUGAACAACCCUGAGCUUUUGCGGCAGACUAUGGAGUUGGCUCGCAAUCCCGCCAUGUUGCAGGAACUCAUGCGUUCUCAUGACCGUGCCCUCUCCAACCUGGAGAGCAUACCUGGUGGUUACAAUGCUUUACAGCGUAUGUACAGAGACAUCCAAGAGCCAAUGUUGAAUGUAGCUAGCAGUAUGGCGGGCAACCCCUUCUCUGGACUAGUGGACAACUCUGAUGGUACAAACCCGCAACAGGGAGCUGAGAACAGGCAACCACUGCCCAACCCUUGGCAGCGUGGUGGCGGUGGUGGCGGCGGCGGUGCCGCGGGGACCGGCGGCACUGGCGCCGCACCGACCGGGCCCGGCCUCAUCAACACGCCGGGCAUGCAGUCGCUGCUGCAGCAGAUGUCUGAGAACCCUCGCCUCGUGCAGUCCAUGCUCUCCGCGCCCUACACCAACACUAUGCUCCAGGCCCUCGCCGCUGACCCUGACAUGGCAUCCCAGCUUAUUAACCAGAACCCGAUGUUCGCGAACAACCCCCAGCUACAGGAACAGAUCCGUACAAUGAUGCCGCAAAUGUUAGCACAGUUACAGAAUCCAGAGAUGCAGCAGAUGAUGUCCAACCCACAGGCCCUGAACGCGUUACUCCAGAUCCAGCAAGGGUUGGAGCAGCUCCGCACGGCGGCGCCGUCACUGGUGGGCAACCUGGGGCUGGGCGUGGGCAACGCCACCGCCACCCCCACCACCACGCCGCCAGCACCCGCCGCGCCGCCCAACGCACCCCCGCGCCAACAACAGAACUCUGAACUCUUCACGCAGUUCAUGCAGCGAAUGAUGUCGGCCAUGGCGAAUAAUCAGACGAAUUCAUCACAGCCGCCCGAGCAGCGCUACUCGCAACAACUCGAACAACUUACGGCUAUGGGCUUCCUUAAUCGGGAAGCGAAUCUGCAAGCACUGAUUGCGACAUUCGGCGAUGUAAACGCGGCGGUGGAGAGGUUACUAGCCCUCGGCCAGUUGUCCAUGAGCUAACACUCGAGCGCUUAGCAACUUAGACGUCCACUACUGCGGCUACGAUUUGCUUACACCAUCCUAAAACUAUAAUUUAGUUACAAUCUCACUACCAUUCGGGUCGAAAUCAAGUUCUUUUGUUUUGUAUCACAGUUAUUUAUUGUUUGAAGCUUAGUUACUCGUGAUCACGUGUGGUAUGUUAGAUGUCGUGAUAUUAUAUUUAGGGUAUGGGUGUGGCUUUUAGGCCCUUGACAUUGAUGGUCGCCAUGCAGAAGAAACAAGCUACAGUUUAUAAUAAAGUCUGCUACUUGCCUGAUAAUGAUCAAAUUAUCCAAUAUCUCGAUACAUCGUGUCCCUCAAUAAAUAGACUAUUAUAUUCGCUUGUUGGUGGUGCCAAGUGAGUUUGUAACAAUGUUAUAGUUACAUAUUUAUAUUGUUUAUGGUUUCGGUAAAAAAAUGUGUGAGUGAUGUAUUUGAAUUACUCUUUUAAAAUGGCAGGAUUCGAAAUAAGUGUGUUUUACAACAAGUAAUAAGUAUUGAAAAUACACUUAGACUUCACCUUCGUAUUUAUUAAAAGGUAAUUUCAAUAGUUAUUAAUAUGCAUACACUUAGUGGUAAUAUUAAAACGUGCAUAGUUUUUGAAUAACGUCAUUUUAUGGAAACACUACCACUUGAUUUUGUUUUGAAUGCAAUGGUGUAAGUAAGGAUGAGCUAGCGACAACAAAUCUACAAUAACAUAACACUCUUCAAAUUUAUUACCGUGUUUGUCGUUACGCACGUCUCAGUUUCCUUUAAUUAAUAUUGUAAUGAUAAAAAUUCAUUCCUUCUUGUUUUAGGCAAUACGCAAAAUUGUUGUUUAUACAUUAAGUAAUAAAAAAAAACUAGAAUUCCUGAUAAAAUCGUCAUUUUUUUAUUAUACUACUGUAAAGGAAUAUAAAAUAUAUUUCUACGAUUUAAUUUAAUGUAUUCUUGUUAUACUCUAUGUUAUCGAUGUGAACUCACUGGCGUAGAAUUACGUAAAUAAUAGGUUUAUGUAAAUAGAUUUGCUUCGAAAAAAAAUAUGUGGAAGAAACGCACUUACUUGCAAUAAAAGUUUAUCAUUUUGUCGAAAACUAUUGAUUUUUUGUAUAAUUUCAGUUUCUUCUUGAUUUUUUUACUUUAGUCACAAUUUAAUGGGGUAUAUAAGGUUGACUGAUUAUUUUGCAUUGUGUCAGGUUAAACUGAAUAUUGGUUGAAUAUGGACAAAAAUAUAUCAAUAUAACAAAAGACAAAAACACAAUUGUUUUCUUUUACAUGUAUUAAUUAUACAGGCAGCUUUUUAAGAUGAAUUUGAAACAUUGUGUUACUGCAGUUCUUAGAAUAACCUGAUAUACUUACUUAAAAAACUUGCCUGUAAAACAAUACCGACUAUGCUUGUUCUACUUUUUGUCUGCAGCCAUGUAAAAUAUAUUAUUUAUCUAUUUUCUUUUUGUGGUGGUAAAAUACUUUUAUAUUACACUUUUCUUUUGUAGCCUAUUGUAGUGGUUUUAUAGGUAAUUAAAUUUAAGUUGUAAAAAGUAUGAAAGAGUACUAAUGUUGCUCAUUUUUGUAGGGGAAUGUGUUAAAAUUACCCAGAAGUGAUGAAUCACUUUGUGUAUUAAAUAUUUCUUGUAUAGAGAGGCAUUGAUCAUAGGCGCACCUUUAUUUAUAAACAUAUCCUUUCUUCUACUAGAUAAUGACGUAUGUUUAUUGGCUUAUUCUUUAUUUUGAACAUGAGAAAAAUUUACGCAUUCCUGUUAUUCUUUUCUUAGCUAGCUUCAAUGCUUUGGACCCACAUUUUUACUUUGAAAUAGUAGUUGUUGAUUUGGCUUAUCAAAUUCAUGUUUUAAUUAAAAAGCGUGUGCUCUGUGAUGUGUUCUAGACUGCUAGAAUUGUUUAAAAUCGUAUGAAUCUGGGUGUAACAAUAUUAUUACGUGACAGAAUGCAAUUAUUAUAAAUAAAUUUAAA